CUCAAAAUACGAGCCUUUGCCCUUUUGGUUUGACGGGCCUCGCAGGCCAUCGUGGGGAUCGCUGAGUGAUUCCUUGCUUCGAUCGAGCGAGCUCGUCUCGCCUUCAAAUCUUUCCAUGGCGGGAGUUUGCAUUUGCAGCGAGCUCUGGCGCCAGUCACACCCGCAAGACGCCGUGUCCACGCUUAGCGCGCUGCUCCAGGCGGCCUCCUAUCGUCUCAGAUUCUCUGCCAUAGCUCCGGACUUUAUUCUCAGCAACGCAGGAGUGUCCAUCGCUUUUGUCGUGGUGGACGAUGUUCACAAGGAGCUUGCAUGCGAGGCCGAAAGGAUUCUAAAGAUGAGAGGGACUUUCCAGAAUUCCUAUGUCAUCGUCACACUCUCGUCCGAGUCUGACUACAGCGUGUUUUCGGAGUUCUACUUCAGCCUUGGUUUCGAUGGUGACAAACCAGCUUUUAUUCCGGUACCGAGCAAGCAUAUGGCGCUGGAGAAAAUGAUCCGGAUUGCUUUUGUUCACGCAGAAUGCAAGCGCCAAGGCAUCACUGGAAUGGUUGAUCUCGAGAGAAAGCAGUUUGUUCAGUCCGAGGAUGCGCGGAUGGCAUGUGUCUCCUCUAUUCCAAAGUUGGAGCUCCAUGACGCCCAUUCACUUGUGCAGGGAGUGGGAUCUUUGGAAGCCAUUUCAAGGUCGAGCCGGGAGUCUAUAAUGGAGACAACUGAUCUUUCUGUGGACUCCGCAGAGUCUGUCAUGAAGCUAUUUAAUGACAGGGUGUAUGGAAGCACACCACUGCUUUGAUCUGUGUAAUAUUUGUUGGCUAUUACUGUUCAGCGUAUUUUCUAUUUUAAAUACUUGCUAGGCAACAAAUGAAACAAAAUUAA